GAAGUCCUCGAUAUGAUAUUAGAAUUUGAUAUGAGGUCCUGAGUCAAUCCUUUUUGGCAAUUUGCACUUUCCCAAUUCAAAUUUUGUGUGUAUUCGAUAUUCAACCAAAAUUUAUAAGUUUUCCAAUCUCAUCCAUCCUAAGAAGAGAAACAAAAAGAUAAAAAAUGAAAGUUCUAACGAGUUCCAUGAUGAAUACGCGAGAUGGGUAUAUGUUUUGGAAAAUCGUAGGAUGAGGCCCUCUGGCGAAUACAACAUAGGGGGGAGAGCGCGUGGAUAAAACUCAGUGAAGCUGGGUUUCUGGGGAAAUGGCCUCUUCACCUUUGUUGCUAUCGUCAGCAUUGUCACGAAACCCUAAUUCCGGAUUAUCUAUCCGAAGAAGACGGCAUGGAGCUCUGGCCACGACAGCAUCGUCGGAGGAAGAUCAUUCCACCAAAUUGGUCACUUUUUUGGGCAAAGGUGGUUCCGGCAAGACCACUUCCGCCAUCUUCGCGGCUCAGCAUUAUGCCAUGACAGGGUUUAAUACAUGCUUGGUGAUACAUUCCCAAGACCCAACUGCGGAAUAUCUUCUGAACUGUAAGAUUGGAACUUCUCCCAUAAUCUGCAACAACAACCUUUCGGCUGUUAGGUUGGAAACCACUAAAAUGCUUCUUGAACCACUACAUCUGCUGAAGAAAGCAGAUGCAGAACUUAAUAUCACCCAAGGGGUUCUCGAAGGGGUGGUGGGAGAAGAGCUUGGAGUGCUUCCUGGGAUGGAUUCUGUGUUUACAUUGCUUGCACUUGAGAGGCUGGUGGGAUUCUUAGGGAAUUUGGGUCGAAGAAAUCUCCGAAAAGAUAAAUAUGACAUAAUCAUAUAUGAUGGUAUUAACACUGAGGAAACCCUACGCAUGAUAGGUGUAACCAGUAGAGCAAGAUUGUACUUGAAAUAUCUGCGCAACAUGGCUGAGAGAACUGAUAUUGGAAGGUUGGCUGGUCCUUCACUCUUGAGGCUUGUCGAUGAGGCCAUGAGUUUAAGCACCAGGGGAUCCAAUCUCAAUGGGAAAAUGAGUUCCGAAAUAUGGGACAUACUGGAGCGUGCUCUUGAGAGAGGAUCUUCUGCUUUUGGAGAACCACGUGAGUUUGGCUGCUACCUUGUGGUGGACCCAAACAAUCCAGCAUCAGUGAGCUCUGCAUUACGAUACUGGGGUUGUGCAAUUCAAGCUGGUGCACAGGUUUCUGGUGCAUUUGGCACGGCUUCUCCACAUUCUGAUGUUGAAUCAGAGGAAAUAGUCAAGAACUUUUCACCCUUGCCUUUUGCUUUGUGCCCACAUGUCCCAAUGGGUUCCCUGCCUGAUUGGAAUGCAAUCAUAUCAAGCAAUCCCAGUGAAGACACACGAGAUCUUCUUUCUGCACCAGCAAGCAGCAGCAGCAAUGUUAUGGAGCCAGUUAGGUUUGAUCCAUCCAAGAAAUCAGUCAGCCUUCUCAUGCCAGGUUUUGACAAGUCAGAGAUCAAGCUAUACCAAUAUAGGGGAGGAUCUGAAUUGCUGGUGGAAGCAGGGGACCAGAGACGUGUCAUUCGUCUGCCACCAGAAAUUCAAGGAAAGGUCGGAGGUGCCAAAUUUGCAGACAGAAAACUUGUCAUCACAAUGCGAUAGUUUAGUUUCAAUUUUUUUCUCUUGCUAUAGAGGUCAAAGCAAGUAAGCACUGCAAAUUAUUGUUAACUGAUAGUAUGGUUACCAUAGGAAUUCAAGAAGAUACAGAAAGACCCUAUUAUUCAUGGCUAGUACCUACGUAUCCUGCAAACUGCUCACACUGAGAUUUGAGUCAUCCUUUAAUCUAACUAGGUUGGAGAUGAAAAAUGCAGGGGAAAAUUAUCAGAUAUUGAUAUGUCAAAACACCUGAUUUCA